UGUUUGGUGUUGGGUUUUGUGGGUGAUUGUUCCUGUCUCUGUGUUUGCACGCUGGUUUAGGUUUUCACAUUUCUUGUUUUGUUAGUUUGUUAAUGUGUAGUUGCUUUAUUAAAGAACCAUGAAUAAUCACCAUGCUGCGUUUUGGUCCGCCUCUCCUUCGACUCAAGAAAACCGUUACAGUGCUACACAAGUUGAGGAACUUACUUUAACUUCCUGUUUUACUGGGUAUGUUCAACAAAAAGUAUGACAGCUCUCUUACAUUAUAUUGUUUUUCUAUCAGCUCUAGUCCAAGGAUCAGAGUCCAGCAUUGAGACUCUGAAACGGUUUGUGCUGAAGGGAGAAAAUGUUCGUCUGGACGUCCAGGGAUAUGCUAAACUAAAUAAUAUUGACGAUUUAAAGUGGACUUUUAACAAAUCUCACACUUUAGUAAAAUACUCCAAUGAAUCAUCAACAGUGGUCCCGCCUGUCCGGCGCUGCUGCCGGAGUCUCCCGCCUGUCCGGCGCUGCUGCCGGAGUCUCCCGCCUGUCCGGCGCUGCUGCCGGAGUCUCCCGCCUGUCCGGCGCUCCCCUAUAGGUUAAGGUUUUGCGGCCGGAGUCCGCACCUUUGGGGGGGGGGGGGUACUGUCACGUUCUGACCUUUAUUUCCUUUGUUUUAUCAUUAUUUAGUAUGGUCAGGGUGUGAGUUGGGUGGGCAGUCUAUGAUUGUUUUUCUAUGUUUUGGGGUAUUUCUAUGUUUCGGCCUAGUAUGGUUCUCAAUCAGAGGCAGGUGUCAUUAGUUGUCUCUGAUUGAGAAUCAUACUUAGGUAGCCUGGGUUUCACUGUGUUUGUGGGUGAUUGUUCCUGUCUCUGUCUUUGCACCAGAUAGGACUGUUUAGGUUUUCCAUGUUUAUUGUUUUGUAGUGUUCAUGUGUACAUUUACGUAUUAAAAGAACCAUGGACACUUACCACGCCGCAUAUUGGUCCUCUGAUCCUUUUCGCCUCUCCUCUUCGGAAGAAGAGGAGGAAAUCCCUGACAGCAGGGUUGAGUUUAGUGAGGCAAACUUCUCUCUAGUACUGAAGAACCUACAGGAAGGAGACAGUGGUCUUUAUGACGCAGGAGUGAGUGGUGAAGAAAACAAAGAUGUUGCCAAGUACCAGAUAUCAGUUCAAGAGAGAGUUGUGACACCAGUCCUGACAGUGGACUCUAACUCCACCAUCAAUGGCAACUGUAAUGUGACUGUGACCUGCAGAGGUCAGAACACCUCUGUCACCUCCAGCUGUAACAGCAGCACCUGCUCUCAGGUGGGAGGAGAGAGUAGAGGGGCUGAGACCUCCACUGUCCCCCUGCUCUCUGUCUAUGUGGCAGGGGGUUUCAUCAUCUGUAACCACAGCAACCAAGUCAGCUGGGCCCCUAACAUGAAGGAGAUCGAAAUGAUUUGUGCAUCCAAUUCUAAACCAGAGCGGGACAAAGAGAACCAAAACUACAAUGUCGGCAUCAUCAUCAUCAUCUUCGUUGAUGUGUCCUGAUUGCUUGGCGGAAGCUGAAUAAAGGUUACAAAGAGGAUAGUAUAAACACAGAGUAUGCUACUGUCAGGGAUGCCGGUGGGCGGAGUUGAGAGGGUCGUCAGCUUCAUGGGAAACACCUGGGCCAGGUGUCUCCCAGGAUAAAUGGACCUCUUCCACAUUCAUGGGGGAGACUCUCUCCAUGCAGACACCUUUGUAGAUUGUGUUGUGGUUCUUGGUGGCCUUUUUGUUUGUUUGCGUUGGCACCUUUCAACACCCUGCAUUCUCACAUUCAUGCAUGCAAAACACUCACUUACACUACUGAUUACUGAUUACACACACCAUUGUAUAUUUUCCUUAGUUGCUUUAGUUAAUAAAUAUAUAUUUUGUUAAUCCUUA